CCGGCGAGUGAGUGACGGGCGCAGCUUCGGCCCCGGCACGACGAGUCCUGAGGCAACCGCAGCUGCGGGAGGCGACUGGCCGCGGCCUGAGGUUCCCAAGGCAGCCGGGCGGGCCGGUUCUCCGGCAGGACAGCUAGCCGCGCUGGCGGCGGCGGUGGCCACGAUGAUGGAGAUCCAGAUGGAUGAGGGCGGCGGCGUGGUAGUGUACCAGGACGACUACUGCUCCGGCUCGGUGAUGUCGGAGCGGGUGUCAGGCCUGGCGGGCUCCAUCUACCGCGAGUUCGAGCGCCUGAUCCACUGCUACGACGAGGAGGUGGUCAAGGAGCUCAUGCCGCUCGUGGUGAACGUGCUGGAGAACCUGGACUCGGUGCUCAGCGAGAACCAAGAACACGAGGUGGAGCUGGAGCUGCUGCGUGAGGACAACGAGCAGCUGCUCACCCAGUACGAGCGCGAGAAGGCGCUGCGCAGGCAGGCCGAGGAGAAAUUCAUUGAAUUUGAAGAUGCCUUGGAACAAGAGAAGAAAGAGCUUCAGAUCCAGGUGGAGCACUAUGAGUUUCAGACACGCCAGCUGGAACUGAAGGCCAAGAACUAUGCAGAUCAGAUUUCCCGGCUGGAGGAGCGAGAGUCGGAGAUGAAGAAGGAGUACAAUGCCCUGCACCAACGGCACACAGAGAUGAUACAGACCUACGUGGAGCACAUCGAGAGAUCCAAGAUGCAGCAGGUCGGGGGAAACAGCCAAACUGAGAGCAGCCUGCCUGGGCGGAGCAGGAAGGAGCGCCCCACCUCUCUGAAUGUCUUCCCCCUGGCUGACGGCAUGGUACGUGCACAGAUGGGGGGCAAGCUUGUGCCUGCGGGGGACCACUGGCACCUGAGUGACCUCGGCCAGCUGCAGUCCAGCUCCAGCUACCAGUGUCCACAAGAUGAGAUGUCUGAGUCAGGCCAAUCCUCCGCAGCUGCCACACCCAGCACCACGGGCACCAAGUCCAACACACCCACGUCUUCUGUGCCCUCGGCUGCGGUCACACCCCUCAAUGAGAGCCUGCAGCCCCUGGGGGACUAUGGCGGUAGCACAAAGAACAGCAAGCGAGCCCGGGAGAAGCGAAACAGCCGCAACAUGGAAGUCCAGGUCACCCAGGAGAUGCGCAACGUCAGCAUAGGCAUGGGCAGCAGCGACGAGUGGUCUGACGUUCAAGACAUUAUUGACUCCACUCCAGAGCUAGACAUGUGUCCGGAGACCCGCCUGGACCGCACAGGAAGCAGCCCAACCCAGGGCAUCGUGAACAAAGCUUUUGGCAUCAACACCGACUCCCUGUACCAUGAGCUGUCGACGGCAGGGUCUGAGGUCAUCGGGGACGUGGAUGAAGGGGCCGAUCUCCUAGGGGAGUUCUCAGUGCGCGAUGAUUUCUUUGGAAUGGGCAAAGAAGUGGGGAAUCUGCUGCUGGAGAACUCACAGCUUCUAGAAACCAAAAACGCGUUGAAUGUGGUGAAAAAUGACCUCAUUGCCAAGGUUGACCAGCUGUCUGGGGAGCAGGAGGUACUGAAGGGUGAGUUGGAGGCUGCCAAGCAGGCGAAAGUCAAGCUGGAAAACCGCAUCAAGGAGCUGGAGGAGGAGCUGAAGAGAGUGAAGUCAGAGGCCAUCAUUGCCCGCCGCGAACCCAAAGAAGAGGUGGAGGAUGUAAGCAGCUAUCUCUGUACAGAAUUGGACAAAAUCCCCAUGGCCCAGCGCCGCCGCUUUACACGGGUAGAGAUGGCCCGCGUGCUCAUGGAGCGAAACCAGUACAAGGAGCGACUGAUGGAGCUGCAGGAGGCCGUGCGGUGGACCGAGAUGAUCAGGGCAUCCCGAGAGCACCCAUCUGUCCAGGAGAAGAAGAAGUCCACCAUCUGGCAGUUUUUCAGCCGCCUCUUCAGCUCCUCCUCCAGCCCCCCUCCGGCCAAGCGGUCCUACCCUUCAGUGAACAUCCACUACAAGUCACCCACCACAGCCGGCUUCAGCCAGCGCCGCAGCCAUGCCAUGUGCCAGAUCUCAGCAGGCAGCCGGCCCCUGGAGUUCUUCCCUGAGGACGACUGCACAUCCUCUGCCCGGCGAGAGCAGAAGCGUGAGCAGUACCGCCAGGUGCGUGAGCACGUGCGCAAUGACGACGGGCGACUGCAGGCCUGCGGCUGGAGCCUGCCAGCCAAGUACAAGCAGCUGAGUCCCAACGGGAGCCAGGAGGACACACGAAUGAAGAAUGUGCCGGUCCCUGUGUACUGCCGCCCUCUGGUGGAGAAGGACCCGACCAUGAAGCUGUGGUGUGCUGCCGGGGUCAACCUGAGUGGGUGGAAGCCUAACGAGGAUGACUCUGGGAAUGGAGUCAAGCCAGCGCCAGGUCGCGACCCCCUGACCUGCGACCGGGAAGGGGACAGCGAGCCCAAGAGCAACCACACAUCUCCUGAGAAGAAGAAGGCCAAGGAGCUCCCUGAUACAGACGCCACCUCCAGCCGGGUGUGGAUCCUCACCAGCACCCUAACCACCAGUAAGGUGGUGAUCAUUGACGCCAACCAGCCAGGCACCAUUGUGGACCAGUUCACGGUCUGCAAUGCCCAUGUUCUGUGCAUCUCCAGCAUCCCAGCGGCCAGCGACAGCGACUACCCCCCUGGGGAGAUGUUCCUGGACAGUGACGUGAACCCAGAGGACUCCGGCACUGAUGGCGUGCUGGCUGGCAUCACCCUGGUGGGCUGUGCAACCCGUUGCAAUGUGCCACGUAGCAACUGCUCCUCCAGGGGGGACACUCCUGUGCUGGAUAAGGGGCAGGGAGAGGUGGCUGCUGUUGCCAAUGGGAAGGUCAACCCGUCCCAGUCCACAGAGGAGGCCACAGAAGCCACAGAGGUUCCAGACCCUGGACCCAGUGAGCCAGAGGCAGCUGCAGUGCGGCCCGGGCCCCUCACGGAGCAUGUCUUCACUGACCCAGCUCCCACCCCACCCUCCAGUGCCCUGCCUGGCAGUGAGAACGGGCCGGAGCCUGACAGCAGUGGUGCACCACCCGAGCCAGAGCCCAGCGGGGACCCCAUGGGAGCAGGCAGCAGUGCUGCACCCACCAUGUGGCUGGGAGCCCAGAACGGCUGGCUCUACGUGCACUCUGCUGUGGCCAACUGGAAGAAGUGUCUGCACUCCAUCAAGCUGAAGGACUCCGUGCUGAGCCUGGUGCAUGUCAAAGGCCGUGUGCUGGUGGCUCUAGCAGAUGGAACCCUGGCCAUCUUCCACCGAGGCGAAGAUGGCCAAUGGGACCUGAGCAACUACCACCUGAUGGACCUGGGCCACCCACAUCACUCCAUCCGCUGCAUGGCUGUAGUGCAUGACCGUGUCUGGUGUGGCUAUAAGAAUAAGGUGCACGUCAUCCAGCCCAAGACCAUGCAGAUUGAGAAGUCGUUUGACGCCCACCCGCGGCGGGAGAGCCAGGUGCGGCAGCUGGCAUGGAUCGGCGACGGCGUGUGGGUGUCCAUUCGCCUGGACUCCACCCUGCGGCUCUAUCACGCCCACACGCACCAGCACCUGCAGGACGUGGACAUCGAGCCCUACGUCAGCAAGAUGCUGGGCACUGGCAAACUGGGAUUCUCCUUCGUGCGCAUCACGGCGCUGCUCAUUGCGGGCAACCGCCUCUGGGUGGGCACCGGCAAUGGAGUCGUCAUCUCCAUCCCCCUGACCGAGACUGUGGUCCUGCACCGAGGCCAGCUCCUGGGGCUCCGAGCCAACAAGACAUCCCCCACCUCUGGGGAGGGAGCCCGCCCAGGGGGCAUUAUCCACGUGUACGGGGACGACAACAGUGACAAGUCAGCCAGCAGCUUCAUCCCCUACUGCUCCAUGGCCCAGGCCCAGCUCUGCUUCCAUGGGCACCGCGAUGCUGUCAAAUUCUUCGUCUCGGUGCCAGGGAAUGUGCUGGCCACUCUCAAUGGCAGCGUGCUUGACAGUCCGUCUGAGAGCCCAGGGCCCACCGCCCCUGCCUCCGAAGUCGAGGGCCAGAAGCUGAAGAACGUGCUGGUGUUGAGCGGUGGGGAAGGCUACAUCGACUUCCGCAUCGGGGACGGAGAGGAUGACGAGACUGAAGAAGGCACGGGGGACGUGAGCCAGGUGAAGCCCAUGCUGUCCAAGGCGGAGCGCAGCCACAUCAUCGUGUGGCAGGUGUCUUACACCCCCGAGUGAGCCACCACCUUGCCCUGCCUGAUGCCAACAUGUACAUAGGACCCCCCGCCCACCUGCGUCCCCGCCUGCAGGGCAGCCAGGCGCCCAUCCGCCCUUCUUCUAACCUCUCAACCUGCAGCUUUCACCUGAGCCCGGCCCCCAUCCAGCUGGCAGGGAAUACAGGGAUGUGGGUCAGCUGGGAGGAGGGGAGGUAGCAUUUCUGCCUGAGAGGGGAAGACCCUCUUGGGGCACCCUUUCCUCAGCGGCUUCUGGCCAGCAUCCAGCCCAAAGUCCUCGAGUCCAGGACACCCUGGGCCAGAGCAAGGCGGGUCUGAGGUGACUGUGAGCAGGUGGCCCUGGUUCCACCCUGGGCUCCCCACUCCCUGGCAUCCCCAGAGCAGGACACGGGCUUCACACUGCUGAGUCUUCCCGCCCUGAGCCCACCUGCCUCUGCAUGCUGCCUGCAGGGUUCCACCCUGCCUAAGGGAGCCAGGCCAGUGACGAGCCUUUGCCCAGGGAGGCACGCUCAGCCUGCCCGGGUGCCUGCACCCAGCUAGCCUUCUCUGGGGCUUCCCCUAUCCCCAAGCUUCUGUUCCCUCAGCCCCCACCCUGGCUUCCCCCCUGCUUAGGGGUCUGGCAUGAAAGCGCAGGCCAGGAUCCCUGGGGUAGCUGCUUGAGAAGACAAAACCAGCUACCCCUUUUCCCUGGAGCCCGUGGUCGUCCCCAGUGUGGGUGGGCUCUCACCAGUUCCCUCCCUGACCCAUGUCCCCCAGGCUCUACCUGGGCAGAAGACUUACCUUGGAGGAGCAGAAGCCCUCCCAGAAGCCCCUAGAGUGGAAUUUCUCAGGCCGCCAGGGCAGGCCCAGGCUUCAGGAAGAAGGGGAGGCCCCUGGCCUCUCCUGGGGUCGGUCCUAGGACGCAGGCUCAGCCUCAGGUUGAUGGGGGAUGGUGUGCUCCAGGGGCCUGCCUCCUGCACGUCCCAGACACGCUACUAAGUGCCUAGGGUUGCCUGCUGUGGCCUGCUCCCAGAGAGUAGUUGACAAGAGGCUGCUGAGCAAAGCCCGGAGGGCUAGAAGCGGAGCCAGCCUGGCUCUAGGCACAUAGGGCAGGUGCCACCCUGGAUUCCCUCCCAGGGUGGACGGGCUUUGGGGCCUACUCCCACCUUCCAGGCCAGGCCUUACUCUGCUCUGGGAGGCCCCAGUCAGGGCAGCCCAGCCCCUCAGCCUGCCCCUCCCACCAGAGAAGCACAGAUCUCGGGGAGCUGUCCCAUGAGUCCAGCUGGCCACCACAGGCUGCAGCCAUGUGCAGCUGCAGGCUUCUCCCCACCACCCUACCACCUCCACUGUGAUGUAUGUCAGGUCCCUCGUCUGUUCCCACGGGUUGUGAAGUGACUUGGGGGUGAGCCAGGUGGGGGCAGCUGGGGAAGGGUGACGAUUCUCCUCAGGCUUUGGCCCUGCAAGUGAACCCACAUAUCUGCUCUGUAUGUAAUAAACGUCUUAACGUCGUA